UCAGCCACCACCAUGACCCACACUCUCGACUUGCUCAACGCGCAUGUCGCCGACUCCUUCGUUGGACGAUGGUUUAGACUCGAGGGCUCGGGCCAUCCAAAAGAGAGAAUUGGCUCACGGUUUACUACUGAGAUUCGGGCUGGGAUCACGACAUGGUCAUUCUUAGCCGCUAUGGCCUAUAUAAUAUCGGUUAACGCGUCAAUACUCUCUGGCUCUGGGGGAACUUGCGUUUGUCCUGCAGAUGACCCAACGUCCUGUCAAUCCGCAAAUGCUGAAUACGACGCCUGCGUAAAUGAGGUAUUCAACGACCUCAUUACCUCAACAAGCAGCAUCAGUGCUCUAUCAUCAUGGCUCAUGGGUCUGCUCGCGAAUCUUCCUGUUGGGAUGGCUCCCGGUCUCGGUCUGAAUGCAUAUUUCACGUACUCAAUUGUUGGGUUUCAUGGCUCGGGAAUGAUCACCUAUCAAGAGGCGCUUGGUGCCGUCUUCCUUGAAGGAUGGAUUUUUCUGAUUCUUUCACUUCUCGGACUCCGCCAAUGGCUGGUUCGCAUCAUGCCUCAGUCUCUGGUGCUUGCUGUUGGCGCUGGGAUCGGCCUUUUCAUCGCCUUCAUCGGACUGUCCUCGGGCGGUCUCAAUGUGAUAGGUGGCGACCCAGUCAACUACGUUGGAUUGGGUGGUUGUCUGCCGGAGCAUAUGUCCAACUUGAAUGGCUUCUGUACCGGCGGUGUUCUCCGCAGUCCCACAAUGUGGCUUGGGAUCUUCCUUGGAGGGAUCUUAACCGUACUUUUAAUGCUCUAUCGAGUCCGGGGUGCUAUCCUCAUUGGCAUCUUUCUAACAUCCAUCGUUUCGUGGCCCCGCUCGACCCCAGUCACAUACUUCCCUCACACGCCUGCCGGAGACGCUUUAUUCGACUAUUUCAAGCAAGUGGUCACUUUCCAUCGCAUCUCAAAGGUCGGGAACGUUAUUUCAUAUAACUACCGUAAUCCCAGGGUAUGGUAUGCCCUCGUCACGCUAAUCUACGUCGAUAUUUUGGAUACGACUGGCACCUUAUACUCUAUGGCCAAGUUCGCCAAUUUGCGGGAUCCCGUCACAUUAGAUUUCGAGAACUCUACCAUAGCAUAUUGUGUGGAUGCGUUCUCGAUAAGCAUGGGUGCGCUCGUGGGUACUAGUCCCGUCACGGCGUUCAUCGAGAGUGCCACGGGAAUAUCCGAGGGGGGCAAAACGGGGAUCACUGCGAUGGUCACUGGGUUCUGUUUCUUCAUUUCUGUUUUCUUCGCCCCCAUUUUUGCCUCGAUUCCCGGAUGGGCAACGGGCGGAGCGCUCAUUAUCGUUGGCUCCCUGAUGAUCCGCAAUGUUCGAGACAUCAACUGGGACUAUGUCGGCGAUGCAGUCCCUGCAUUCAUCACUCUCUUGGUCAUCCCGCUAUCAUACAACAUCGCUUAUGGCCUUAUCGCUGGUAUUUUGACCUAUCUUUGCUUGAAUGGUACAACGCGUAUAAUCACGCUCGUGAGCCGCGGGCGCAUAGUCCCUCCCAGCAUUGAAUACUCGGAAGAGUGGUCUGUGCCGCCUGGAGGUUUUGUCCCCACAUGGCUGCGGAAAGUCACGGGGACUCACAAAAAAGAGCCAGAAGAUACUGGCGUGCAGCUCGAAAUACGCGGGAAUGACCCCUCUUCCAACGAGCCGGACGUUCACUCUGAAAAGACAGAGGAGGGAAGUAUGGUCGAGUCGCCCAAACCGUCCCCUCGGUGA